AAUAUCUAUUGCUGGAGAAGGACCCCUUUUCCUCACCCCAGCUAUACGCUAACUGUAGCUAGCUUAGCAUAUCUUAGCAGAAACACUUGAUUCCUAUAAGCCAUGGACUGAAAAAAAUAAUCAAAGUUAAAGUUAAUUUUCUGAAAUACAUUAGCUAAAAUGGAUAAGAAUAGAGAACGAAUGCUGUUGAUAGAUACCGAGUAAAAUAAUCAGCCUAUAUCUUUCUAUCUGUCUUUACAAGCACAAGCUCUACAACUGAUCUAAUGUGUUUUGUGUGUGUUCUGGUUUUUAGGAAAAAGACUAUGUUGGAUUCGCGACGCUGCCCAACCAGGUGCACAGGAAGUCCGUGAAAAAAGGAUUUGACUUCACCCUCAUGGUGGCAGGCGAGUCUGGUCUGGGUAAAUCCACUCUGGUGAACAGCCUGUUCCUCACUGACCUGCAUAAAGACAGGAAACUGCUCAAUGCAGAGGAGCGAAUCAGUCAGACGGUGGAGAUCACAAAGCACACGGUGGACAUCGAGGAGAAGGGGGUGAAGCUGAAACUGACCAUCGUGGACACCCCGGGUUUUGGAGACGCAGUCAACAACACUGAGUGCUGGAGGGCAGUCACAGACUACAUCGAUCAGCAGUUUGAACACUACUUCAGAGACGAGAGCGGACUCAACAGGAAGAACAUCCAGGACAACAGAGUGCACUGCUGCCUCUACUUCAUUCCUCCGUUUGGACACGGGCUUCGUCCUGUUGAUAUGGAGUUCAUGAAGGCCCUGCAGGAUAAAGUUAAUGUCGUUCCUCUCAUCGCUAAGGCCGACUGCCUCACUCCCAGCGAGAUAAAAAAACUCAAAGAGAGGCUGAGGGAGGAGAUAGAGAAGCAAGGGAUAAAGAUCUAUCAGUUCCCCGACUGCGACUCUGAUGAGGACGAGGAGUUCAAGCGGCAAGAUAAAGAGCUGAAGGACAGCACUCCGUUCGCAGUGAUCGGCAGCAACACGGUGGUCGAGGCCAGAGGUCAGAGAGUGAGAGGGAGGCUCUACCCAUGGGGCAUUGUGGAGGUGGAGAACCCGUCCCACUGCGACUUUGUGAAGCUGCGGACGAUGCUGAUAAGAACCCACAUGAACGACCUGAAGGACAUCACCAGCGACUGUCACUACGAGAACUACAGAGCGCAGUGCAUCCAGACCAUGACCAGUAAGAUGAACGCAGAUAAGCGGGUGGAGAGCCCCAUCCCGAUCCUGCCGCUGUCCACGCCGGACGGGGAGACAGAGAAACUCAUCAAAAUGAAAGACGACGAAUUGAGGAGGAUGCAGCAGAUGCUUCAGAAGAUGCAGCAGCAGAUGCACGAGCAGGACCUGUGACCGCUGAUGUUAACACCUGUGACCUUCAUACCUUUUUAUUUAGGAGACAAAACACAUUGCAUGGACUGAAAGCUUCAUCAAAAGGGCCAUCUCUUCAGGGGAUGAGAGGAAGAAAUCUUUACAUGAUUACAGUCAAUACUUCACCCGAUUCUCAAAUCACACAAAGAAACCGGAGAGGAAUGACGGCAUGCUGCGAGAUGUGUUUCGCCCUUAUCUAAACUUUGCUUUUUUAAUGCAGUCAUUAGCCAAGUCAGUGUAGUUAGGCAAUAGAGAGUAGAUUGCACUUUCUCACCUUUAGAUGACAGUAGAUUUCCAAGUAUGUUUUCUACUUGAAAUACUAAAUGAAACCAAUGCACCACACCCUGAAGUCAUUUAGUUUAUGCACCGAUUGUGUGGAGUGAUGUCUAAAAAGAAAGUGGCUGAUGGUGUGCAUCUUUGUUUUCAGUGACAUACUGUACGCACGUUCUGUAUAGGAAGAAAUCUGGUCAUAAUAAUAAUAAUAAUAAUAACUUCAUUAAAUAGCACUGCUUAUAUAUCAAUUACAAGACGCUUCGCAAAAGACGUCAAAACAACAGGUGAUGUGCAAUGAAUUAAAAAUGAUUAAGAUUAAUAUGAGGAGUAUUUAAAUCAAGGUCACCCGGACUUGGUUGAAGAUACUUGAAGACGUUUUGUGUCUCAUCCGAGAAGCUUCUUCACUUCUGACUGCCCGGCUGUUUAACCUCUGCGGGGUCGUCAGGGUGAUCGAUGCCUCUUGGUUUGUUAGUGCUCCUGGCCGUUGUGACGGCUGUCGUUAUGGAAAAUGACGUUAAAGCACAGAAUAAGUUGUAGUGUCACAUCCAGAGUCUUAGUGGUGUAUCGCUGCUGUUUGACACAGCUGGGGGGAGCUAUGCUGAAUUUCAGAAAUGUCCUCAAGUGAUGUCACUUGAUUCAGCGUCAGUUGGGGCUGAAGAUCUACAAGUUUGACAACUGAGCUUACUUCAAACUGUGGAUGAACUGGAGGCUGAGAAGAGGGAAUCAGCAGGUUUAUACAUUUUAUAGUGCGAGCAGAUGCACAACACGCU